UUUCCUCCAAGCAUCACACGUUGCCCUGAAUAGGCGUCUUAUGAUUUUAUGUGGAACUGAGAAAUGCCUUUAAAGAAAAGAAAGAUUGUGAAGAAAAAGAAAUCAGUUGCUAGAAAUGAGCCUCAAAAUGCUUCAGGAAGUUACAAAUGUCCUCUUGACUCCUUUAACCCAGCUGAUGUGCCUUGUCCUGUUCCCCUGGGGGAAAAGCUGCUGGCUUUUCUUCAAGAGUGGAAAGAAGAGAGUCAAGAAAUAGUUUGUGGAAGGUUACCUAGCAGAAUCCAGCAGGAGUUAACACCCCAGGACAUCAGAGAUCUCAGGAUAGUGUUCAACAAGUCUGACACAAAUAAAGUCGGGUAUCUUAACUCAGCUGAGGUUCUUGCAGCUCUACGGAUCCUUGGUUUUGGUGUUAACCAGGAGGAAUUGAGGAAAAUGAUGAGCAAUUUGGGGCAUUUAAAAGAAAACAAUGUGAGUUUCCAUGAUUUCCUUCAGAUUGUGAUAGAAUAUCAGGGGGAUGCCAGAGACGUCUUUGAGGAAAUUAAACAGGGAUUUGAUCUCUUUGAUUGUGACAGUGAUGGGAAGAUCACUUUUGACAAUCUCAAAGAUGCCUGCAAGUCUGCGGGUGUUUACUUCUCAAAUGAAGAUUUACAGGAGAUGAUCAAAGGAGUGGACACUAAAGGUGAUGGUACAGUGAACAUGGAAGAGUUUACUGAACUCAUGCUGAAAACAAACUUGUUCUGAUUGAGCAGUUUCCCUGGGACAUUUACAAUAUGUAACCCUCUUCAUUCUAAUACAAAGUUAACCAAUAUCUCAGCUGUUGGUACCACAGCCAUCAGUAAGAGUAUAUUUCAAUAUAAAACACCAUGACAGGCCUCACUCCUUUAGAUACUGUUUUAAAACAUAACUUGUAAUUCCUUUUUUGUGUGUCUUUUUAUGGAGGAAAAACCUAUAGCCUUCAUCAGCAUUAUGGAUUCAAAUUCCAAGAUCAUUUGCCAAGUAAGCUCUCAGAAAUCUGUUUACUGGCAGCUGUUCUUGAAACCUCCCACAAAAGAAAUGAUGGGGAUAAACUUUCCUGAGGCUCCUUCAGCUCCACUGAAGUAACUCCAUCAGUUACUGUUGACACCUCAAGUCAAUUCCUGCACACCACAGUUAUAUUGGUCUUCAAUGGUUCAUCUACAAAUCAAUGCUUUGUCUGUUGUGUGGUAACUUUUUAACAUUAAUGAUUUAUGUGAAGGCUCUGUCUGAGGGGAAAACAAUUUUAUUAACCAGAAUCUAUGUUGAAUUUUGUGCAGUUUCUGUCUGCAGCUCUGGGUUAACAAUAUUUCAAACUUCUGUUCCCUUUUAAAGUAUCUUGUUGGAUGAAAUUAUCCUUUGUUUUGGAUCAUGGUGCAAUAUCAGCUGUCCUCUCCUUGCUGUGAUCAAAGCUAACUUACCUAUGUUAAGACUAUAAGACCAUAAGGCAUAGGAGCAGAAUUAGGCCACUCAGUGCAUUGGGUCUGCUCAGCCAUUCCAUCAUGGCUGAUGUAUCUUGCAAUCCCUUUCUUUUGCUAUCUCCUGUAACCUUUAAACACCCUGACUAAUCAAGAACCUACCAACCUACAUUUUAAAAAAUACUCCAUGAUUUUGCAUUUCCCUUCCUUACCACUGACUCAACCUGUUAUUUAAGCUUUAGGGAAUCCUGCUCAAGGACUCCCAAGUCCCUUUGCACUGAUGAUUUUUGAAUUUUCUUCCUAUUCAGAAAGUAGUCUCUGCCUUUAUUCCUUCUUCCAAAGUACAUGACAAUACAUUUCCCUACACUAUUUCUUUGCCUAUUCACCUGAACUGUCUAAACCUUUCUGCAAACUUCCUGCUUCCUCAACACCAUUUGUCCCUCCAUCUAUCUCUGUAUCAUCUGCAAAGUAAGCCACAAAGCCAUCAAUUCCAUCAUUCAAAUCAUUGACAUAUAAUGUGAAAAGAAGAGGCCCCAGUACCGACAACUUGCUGAACUCCAUUAGUCACUGGCAACCAAUCAGGAUAGUCCCCUUUACUUUUACUCUUUGCCUCCUGCCAGUCAAUCACUCUUCUGUCUAUGCUAGUGUCUUUCCUGUAAUUCCAUAGGUUUUUAUCUUGUUCAGUUGCUUCAUGUAUGGCACCUUGUCCAAGGCUCUCUGUAAAUCUAAGUAAACAACACUCAGUGAC